GUUAGUUGUAGAGCAACUCUUUCAGAGUGAGAGAGAGACAUGAUCAAAUACAACUCUCUGUGUCUUUAACUGCUGGAGAAAAUAAUCAAGAGCUCUUCAGAAUACAAGCAGAUUCACCGGAGCAGGAGUUCAGUGAUCAACGAUGAAGAUCCUCCUCUUCUUCACUACCAUCCUCCUGAUCAUGGGUCAUGUGAGCUGUACUACAGACAAUGUGACUGGCAUCACAGGAGGAAGUGUCAUUAUUAACUGCAAAUAUGAAGACAAUAAAAAAAGUCCAAAAAGCUUUUGUAAAGAUACAGAUGAUGAGUGUACAACCGUGACAACGGCACAAGAUAAUUUAUGGAUUCCUGACAAGAGAUUCUCAAUGUAUGAUAAUAAAUCUGUCGGCUUCCUCAGUGUCCUCAUUCGAAACCUGACAAUAACUGAUACAGGAGAAUACAAAUUUAAAGCAGGCAGUAAAUGUUCUGAGGAUGUGAAAUUACAUGUGCAACAUGAGCCCUGCUGUGGGACAUUAGAGAAACAGACGGCUGAUUUAGGAGGAACUGUUACCAUCAGAUGCAAAUAUCCAGAGACAUACAAAGAUUUUGCAAAGCUGUUGUUCAAAGUCCAGAAUGGAUCUCUACAGUCGAUUUCUUCCACUCGAGGUGCAACUACAGGAGACAGAUUUUUUCAAAAUGUAAACUUUCAGGAAAAUGUCUUCACUGUCACUAUUAUUAAUGUGAAUAAACAUGAUGAUGGGGUCUAUGUCUGUGGAGUAUUCAUCACAUUUGGAGAAAUUAGCUACAACUCCCUCUUAACAGAAGUUCAUCUUCAUAUUACAGAUCCAACAGGUGCAUCUGAUUCCAACAUAAUCAUUGUUGUGUGCGUAUGUUUGACACUACUGUUAGCUGGAGGACUGAGUUUUUUGCUGCUCAGACGAAGAUGUAACAAGACAGAAGGUUCAAUACCAUCAUCGCACCAGACGAACACAAGAGAUUCUGAUGAGGUAUCCAGCUCUGUCUAUUAUGAAACGAUUAAAGACUCGGACAUCGGCUCCAGCGCUCAAAGUCCCGUCAGAUUAAACACGGUUUAUGCCACAGCACAUUUACCCACAAGCCCCUCUGACAGAGAUUUCUACACACUGGCUGAACUUCCAAAAUCCUCGACAAAACCCUGAAGAGACACGACAGCAGUGACAAAACAUCAACUGUUUAUUCUCUGCUUCAUUUAGUUCCUGUAUUCAUUAUGGAUCUUUGUAAAUAAAGGUUUCUGGAAGUUUUUUUAUUAUUAUUCAAUGACUAAAAUCUGCAGUUUUAUUAUUAUUAUUAUGUAUGUUAUUUUUUUCCACAGCCAAUAGGCUACUACUGUCAUAUAAACAAUUUUGGCAUUCAUUUUUUAAUUAAUUACAUUAUAAAUUGUACUAUGUCAAUUUCUGUUGUUGCAUUCUUAAGCUGUAUGUAUGUGAUUUUAUUUUUUGUAACUCCAUGUGCAGCACUUUGGUACCCAGAGUGGUUUUAGAAAGUGCUCUAUAAAUACAAUUUAGUUGAGUUGCUUUUUUUGUCCAGUCACUUUCUGAUAGUGGAGUCAUGAACUGUGACCUUUAUUGAUGUGAGAGAGGCCCGCAGUUCCUAUUAUGCUGUCCUUGUUUUUUUGUGACUUCCUGGAAGAGUCGUCGCUGUGCUCUUGGAAGAAUUUUGGAAGGUCGGCCACUUCUGGGAAGGUUCACUACUGUGCCAAAUGUUCUCCAUUAUGAGAUAAUGGCUCUCACUGUGGUUCUGUGCAGUCCCAGAGCCUUUGAAAUAACUUUGUAUCACUUUCCAGACAGAUGCAUUUCAAUCAACUUUUUCCUUAUAAUUUCUGGAAUUUCUUUCGACCUUGGCAUAGUGUGCUACAGGAUUGAGAACUUUUAGUCAACUUCAUGCUGCUGAAAAAGUUUUAUUUAGGUGUUGAUUUGAUUGAUCAGGUCUGGGUGUGUCUAGUCCAGCUGAACCCCAUCAUGAAUGCAGUUUAAUAGAUUUGGGGAUUUAGUAACUAAGGAGGCAAAUCAUUUUUAACACUGGCCCAGUUGGUACUGGAUAACUUUUUUGC